AGUGUCCCUCUCGCCCGUCAAGGAAACGCCGCCGCCGACCCCCUGGUCGUCGCCACCACCAGCGGGCUCGUGCGCGGCCGCUCCGUCACCGUGCUCGGCAGGGAGGUGCACAUCUUCACGGGCAUCCCGUUCGCGAAGCCGCCGCUGGGCCCGCUGCGCUACCGCCGGCCCGUCCCCGUGGACCCGUGGCACGGCGUGCUCGACGCCACCGCCAUGCCCAACUCCUGCUUCCAGGAGCGCUACGAGUACUUCCCCGGUUUCGAGGGCGAGGAGAUGUGGAACCCGAACACGAACGUGUCUGAGGACUGCCUGUACCUGAACAUCUGGGUGCCGCAGCGGCUGCGGCUGCGCCACGCCGCGCCCCCGGCCCCCGGCGCCGCCCCCGGCGUGCCCAUGCUGGUGUGGAUCUACGGCGGCGGCUACAUGAGCGGCACCUCCACGCUGGAGGUGUACAGCGCGGACCUGGUGGCCGCCACCAGCGACGUCAUCGUCGCCUCCAUGCAGUACCGCGUCGGUGCCUUCGGCUUCCUCUACCUGCCCGACAUCGGCGACGGCGAGGAGGCGCCGGGCAACGUCGGACUCUGGGACCAGGCGCUGGCGAUCCGGUGGCUGCGCGACAACGCGCAGGCGUUCGGGGGUUCCCCGGAGCUGAUCACGCUGUUCGGCGAGUCUGCGGGCGGCGGCGCCGUCUCGCUGCACCUGCUGUCGCCCGUCACCAGGGGGCUGGUGCGGCGGGGGAUCCUCCAGUCCGGCACGCUCAACGCGCCCUGGAGCUACAUGACCGCCGACAAGGCCAAGGAGGUGGCGCGCCAGCUGGUGGAGGACUGCGGCUGCAACGCGUCUCGCGUCGACUCGGCGCCGCUGCAGGCGAUGGCGUGUAUGCGCGCCGUGGACGCGCGCACCAUCUCGGUGCAGCAGUGGAACUCCUACUGGGGCAUCCUGGGCUUUCCCUCCGCGCCCACCAUCGACGGCGUCUUCCUGCCCAAGCACCCGCUCGACAUGAUCGACGACGCCGAGGACCUCACCGACACCGAGAUCCUCAUCGGCUCCAACCAGGACGAGGGCACGUACUUCAUCCUGUACGACUUCGUGGACUACUUCGACAAGGACGCGGCCACGUUCCUGCAGAGGGACAAGUACCUCGAGAUCGUCAACACCAUCUUCAAGAACUUCUCACCGCUCGAGAGGGACGCCAUCAUCUUCCAGUACACGGACUGGGAGCAGCUGGGAGAUGGUUACCUCAACCAGAGGAUGGUUUCGGACGCCGUCGGCGACUACUUCUUCAUCUGCCCCAGCAACCUGUUCGCCACCAAGAUGGCGGCUCGCGGCGCCACCGUCUACUACUACUACUUCACGCAGUAUAAGCCCAAACUUUUGGGGGCGGUGGGCGCAGGAACCCUGGGCGCCCCACCCAUGAGCCUCAAGGUGUCAGCGACUUCUCUAUUCAUGGGUGAAUAUAUAUAG